UCUAUAAUAUAAAAUAAAGUAAGCUUCAAUAACUCUAUUCGACGGUCUCAAAUAGACUUAUUCAACGGUCAUUAAUAUUAUCUUUCAAAAUUAUUCACAUUACACCGUUCCUUCAGACAUAAAUUAUCUCUAGUAAAGAAUUAAGUAUUGACAAUUUUGUACAUUUUUAAACUUAUUUAUCAAAUUACCACACUUUUUUAAAAGUGAAUUGUUGAUUUCACUUUUAAGAGUGAAUUUAGCUCGACCUCUUUUUUUUACAUUUGAUUAAAAUAUUGAAUGACUUUGGCCAACCUAAGAUUAAAAGCGGAGUUGUUGACUCUAGAACCAAGAUAAAUAACCCCGCUUUUUAAAGUGCCAUAAUUUAAUAAAUAAGUUCAAGUGCCGUAGUUUGAUAAUUUUAUUUUAAAAUUGUAAAUGAGGAGGUUUAAGAAACAGUCAAGGGCGUUAAUGGUAUUUCAAAUAAUAAAAGGGGUGUUUAUGUUAUUAUGCUUGUCUGACUAAAUAUUGGGUGUAUCUGUAAUUUAUCUCCAAAACACAGCGAGGGUGCUCGCUUCAAAUCUAAGGCUUUGGCCUGCCAUCAUCGUCGCGUCACCGUCGUAGUUCUGGGGCCAAGAAGGUCGGUACAUUUCCAUUCUCACUGCUAAUCACGACUCAGGGCGUGUUAUGGCGCAUAGGUUGUUGAGAGAUGUAGAGGCUGAUGGUUGGGAACGGUCGGACUUUCCAAUCAUAUGUGAGUCAUGCCUCGGCGACAAUCCGUACGUUCGAAUGACGAAAGCAGACUAUGAUAAGGAGUGCAAGAUUUGCACACGACCCUUUACAGUUUUCAGGUGGAGGCCCGGUCGUGAUGCUAGAUAUAAAAAAUCUGAGAUUUGUCAAACCUGCAGUAAGUUGAAAAAUGUUUGUCAAGUUUGCCUUCUGGAUCUCGAAUAUGGGUUGCCAGUUCAGGUUCGAGAUACUGCUCUCAGUAUCAAUUCAAAUGAUGCCAUUCCAAAGAGUGAUGUGAAUAGGGAAUAUUUUGCAGAGGAGCAUGAUCGCAGGGCAAGAGCUGGUAUUGAUUAUGAAUCUUCAUACGGAAAGGUUCGGGCUAAUGAUACUAUUUUGAAGCUUCAAAGAACGACACCAUACUACAAGAGAAAUCGAGCACAUGUUUGCAGUUUCUAUGUUCGGGGUGAAUGUACAAGAGGUGCUGAGUGCCCUUACAGGCAUGAGAUGCCUAACACAGGGGAGUUAUCACAUCAAAAUAUUAAAGAUCGCUACUAUGGAGUAAACGAUCCAGUGGCCAAUAAGUUGCUCAACAAGGCAGGUGAAAUGCCCUCUCUAGAGCCCCCUGAGGAUGAGAGCAUUAGAACCCUCUAUGUGGGUGGGCUUGAUGCAAGAAUCACCGAGCAGGACCUAAGGGAUCACUUCUAUGCCCAUGGUGAGAUCGAGUCAAUAAAGAUGGUGCUCCAACGAGCUUGUGCUUUUGUAUCUUACACGACGAGAGAAGGUGCAGAGAAAGCAGCUGAAGAACUUGUGAACAAGCUGGUGAUCAAGGGUCUGAGGCUGAAGUUGCUGUGGGGUAGACCACAAGCCCCAAAGCCAGAGUUUGAAGAUGAAGCAAGGCAGCAAGCAGCGGUGGCUCAUAGUGGAAUGUUGCCUAGGGCAGUUAUAUCGCAGCAGCAGAACCACCUCCUUCAACCACCUGGCACUCAGGACCCACCCCCUCCAAUGCAUUACUUCAACAUUCCCCCACCACCUCAGCAGGAAAGGACAUUUUAUCCAUCAAUGGAUCCUCAGAGAAUGGGUGCCCUUAUUCCAUCCCAAGAGGGGGCUCCUAAUGGGCCUUCAGGGCCAGGUGAGAACAGAGGUGGUUCGGACAAACAGCAACAUGGGCAUCAUCAUGCUUACCCAGUUGCAAACAAGGCAUAAGGACUUAUAUUGGCAUCCGUUACUUGGAGGAGAAUUGAUUGCCCAUCUUCUUCCUUACUACGGUGAGGAAUCAAGAAUUUUUACACAAGAAUAAAUUAAAUAGCGUACAUCUAAUUCUCUCCGGAUUUCGCAAUGACAGGAGUCUUAUGGACGGAAUACACUUUUUACCAUAGAUUAAACCUUAGAAGCUAAAAAAAAAACUUUUUAUGACAGACUUCUUACAGGAAGAAAAACCUAUAGCAGAAGGCUUUCACUCUCCAUAGAGAGAAAAAGAUCUAGAGGAAGAAGAAAAAGGAAGGUGAUAGAGCCACAUACUGGUAGUUCCAAUCUCUGACAGUCCCAAUCGACCUCUUUUUCUUUUGGAAAAUGGAGAUCGAACAAAUUGCAAUUGUUAGAUUAAAAGUGAGCUCUAUUUAACAUUAAAAUUUAUGACGGCGUUUACUAGAAUGAAGUUGACUAAAGAGUUAGGUGUCAUGAAUCUCAUUUUGAAAGGAGAUGCAAAGAAUGUUACAGAGGUUAUAUGGUAUACGAAGUUAAACCAGUCAGAAGUGGGGAUGUUUGUAGAGAAGAAACAUAUCUAGGUCACUUUAUUUUCGCACAUUUUCAAUAUGUUAGGUUCGAAGGAGCGACAACGAGGUUGCAAAUUGUUUAUCUAAGUAUGCAUUAGUGAAACAAGUACGCAUGUA